GCUUGUGUGUGAUUAUUUUUCUUGUCAACAGUGGUUCUCAAUAUAAUAAAUUAAUAGCCUUGAUUACGCUGUAAUUUUCAGUAUUAAGAACUUGCAGUUGAUUCAACUCUGCAUUUCUCAAUAUUUUAUGACAUCGAUCGAUUUCUAAUUGUUCGCGCUGCCUGUUCGUAGAUUAUUAUGAAAAUGGCGGGCCUGGAGUCAAUGGUUGUUGAAGAAGUUAAAACAGCAGAAAAACCCGUAGACAGGGAAAAGACUUGCCCACUGCUACUACGUGUGUUCUGUUCCACUGGCCGCCAUAAUUCGCCUGGCGAUUACGCCCGCGGCAAUGUUCCACAAAACGAAUUGCAGAUUUACACAUGGAUGGACGCGACACUCCGAGAACUAACCGGACUGGUCAAAGAAGUUAAUCCAGAGACGAGGCGUAAAGGAACCUACUUUGACUUUGCUAUAGUCUACCCUGAUCUGAGGUCACCAACGUACCGUAUGAGAGAAAUUGGUGUUACCUGCUCUGGGCAAAGAGGUGGUGAUGAUAACAAAACACUAUCUCAAGUAAAGUUUCAAAUUGGCAACUAUUUGGAUAUAUCUAUAACACCACCUAACAGAAUGCCACCUCCAAUGAGACGGCCACAGCCUUAUAUGAACAAUCGACCCUAUUAAUCUAUGUAGGUAUUAUGUUAUAAGCUGUUUCAUUCUUACUAUUUAAAUUCUCUCAAUGUUUGAAUUUUCUUAAAACUAACAGUUCUUUGUAAAGAACGAUAAUUAUAAAUUUCAUGGGCAAAAUCAUAUUAGCAUAUUAUUAAAAUUUAAUGAACUUUGUUUUUCAACCCAUCUAUUUUAUUAUGCAUUGAAAGAGUGUGUAGUAUGAUUUCUUGGCCUUUUUAUAAUGAAUUUUGUGUAAAUAAAGAGGCAGUACAGAA